AUGAAUUCCAGCAUUGUAAGCCAUAAUGGGGCAAGGACAUUGAGCAACACCACCAGACUUCCACAGGACAUUAACGAAAGAGCGCUUUCAUUACUGCAGAAAAGUCGUCAGCAGAGACUUCUUUUGCAUAGAAAUGAAGACAGGAGACGAUAUGUAGCAUCGGAAGAACCUUCAAGAAUCGAAAGUCCUCUUCCAGCGGUCGCCAAAAUACGGAGGCGGAAAAGUGCGACGAAAAGGUACCGUCCCAGUGAUCAGGCGCUGCAGGAAAUCCGAAAAUAUCAACGCAGUACAGAUCUUCUAAUAUCCAAGAUGCCGUUUGCUCGUCUCGUUAAGGAGGUUACGGAUCAGUUUACUACCGAGGAGCAGCAGCUGAGAUGGCAAACCAUGGCCAUUAUGGCACUUCAAGAGGCGAGCGAGGCGUAUUUAGUGGGACUUUUGGAACACACCAACUUGUUGGCCCUUCACGCGAAAAGAAUCACUAUAAUGAGAAAAGACAUGCAACUGGCACGCAGGAUUCGUGGCCAGUACAUCUGA